AGGGGUUCAGGAGAAAGAGGGCAGUUUUUUUGUUUUGUUUUACAUUUACAUUUUCAUAAGAUAUUCCGUCUCUAUUUGUAGCUCUAAUCAUAUUUAGAGCUGGGGGUGGAGGUGGAGGUGGAUGAGCUGGUGCGAGAAGAAAACGCCACAAGGCGUUUACAGGCUCCGGGUGUCUAAAGGGCGCGUCUUAAUCCCCUUCCCUCCCAAUUUAGUUUCUCUAUUGGAGCGAGGUAAACACAGUGUCACCCCGCUUUACACUAUUUUAUAGUUUGUUAAAGCGUUUACAGCCACUUUGUCCAAGACUAUUAUCCUCCCCGGCCCUUCUCACAUGUUUAUGGAGAUCAUAUUUCUAAAAGUAGUUUCUCCGAUCUUCAGAGAGACGCUUCGAAGCUCGUUUAUUUUCUCACCAGUAGCAGCGGUCAUGAAAAAGGAAAGCAAAGAAAGCUCCCACAGCUGACUCUAAAACGUCCAUUACAUUUAUAGGCAAGAUCUUGUAAAAGCUGCAACCAAUUAGGAAGCGCGACUCUUUCCCUCUCUGCUCUGGCUCAGCUCCCCUCUGUCGGUAGGCCGUUCCGACAUGUUCGGCCUCCCAGUAACAUCGCGCUCCCGUUUCACAUUCAGCGAGAUACAGAAGAAAGAGCGACUGUAUGUGACCAGUACAUAAACCUCCACCUCUAUCCACCCAUUCACACUCAAAACUAUUCUUCUCUGGGUUAGUUGGUGUGAAGUGUACACUUGAUGAUAGGCAGAGGGGGAGAAUUCUCCUUUAUUUUACCGUUCGCUCCCUGCUCGACGCCGGCAGUUCUUCUUCUGACUAAUCGUCUUCAUUAAGAGUCAAGUUCCUCCAAUCUAAUGAUUCAAAAAGGCGCUGAUUCGGCGAAGGACAGAAGAGUAAAAGGGUUCAAUGUCAAGUUUGGGGCUUCUCUACAUUUGCCUAAAAGAUGGAGAAUUGUUAAUAGACGCAAAUUAGAAAUGACACACACACACGUCCACACACACACGCACACAGACGGAUGCCAUGGCUGAGGAAAGAACGUGCAGAAGAGGGAGCUAGAGAGAGAGAGAGAGAGAGAAACAGAGAGAGAGAGAAAAAAUAUGAAACAAGUCAUUUGCAAAGGAGUAAAUCACGGAAAGCUGGGUGAGAGCGCGACAGGCUCCCGGUUCCAGCGUUUCCACUGGAAUUGUGAUUGUGAUGCGCAGGAGUCUUUCUUCUCUGCUGCUUCUUCUUGUCUUUGUUCUUCUUUUUCUCUUUCUCCGCCGGAUAUCCAAUGGAACCGUGCUGAUUGUUGUACUGUUGUUGCAGUUGCUUUGCCUUUUUCCUCGCUAUCCCUGCUCUGGUUGCUUCUUGUCGCCGUUGCUCACACUGCAACCAGAUUGUGUGUUGUGGCUGUGAGGGAAAGCUGAACAGCCCCGGCGGCGGACCCGAUUCUCUUCCCCCCAUCUUGGUCUGUGUGUGUAUGUGUGUGUAUGAGUGUGUUGUCGGCGUGUUACUGCCUCUCAGCACCGCACAGAAGCAGGGGGAAACAAUAAAAAGAGAAAGAAAAACACACACCAGAUAGUACACUUUGACUGUGCUGAGCCAAACGCACGUUUAAGAAUAUCCAUUACACGAAAGAUGAGUUCAUAUUUUGUAAACUCGCUCUUCUCGAAAUAUAAAAGUGGAGAUUCGUUACGGCCAAACUACUAUGAGUGUGGUUUCGCACAGGACCUGGCCGGCAGCCGGCCCACGGUGGUCUAUGGACCGGGAUCCGGCGCUACCUUCCAGCAUACUCCGCAGAUCCAGGACUUCUACCACCACAGCGCCUCCUCGCUCCCAAGCAACCCCUACCAGCAGAGUCCGUGCGCGGUCACAUGUCACGGCGAGCCGGGGAACUUUUAUGGAUAUGACGCACUGCAACGACAGACGAUUUUUGGAACCCAAGACGCCGACUUGGUCCAGUACAGCGACUGUAAGCUCGGGGGCGCGACCGGACUGGGCAACGAGGACGCGGAGGGAACCGAGCAGAGCCCUUCGCCGACACAACUGUUUCCCUGGAUGAGGCCACAAGUAGCUGCUGGCAGAAGAAGAGGUCGGCAGACCUACAGUCGCUACCAGACUCUGGAGCUGGAGAAAGAGUUCCUGUUCAACCCCUACCUAACCAGGAAACGCCGAAUCGAGGUGUCGCACGCAUUAGCGUUGACAGAGCGGCAGGUUAAGAUCUGGUUCCAGAAUCGCAGGAUGAAGUGGAAAAAGGAGAACAACAAGGACAAGUUCCCCAGUAGCAAGAGUGAACAGGAGGCGGUGGAACGGGAGAGGAGGGAGAAGGAACUGCGAGAGGCCGGUGGUGGUAGCGGUGGAGGCAGUGGAGAAGGGGAUGGAGGAACAGGCACGGGGUCGGGUACGGCGGGGUCUCAGGGCUCCGUCAGUGAGGACUGCUGUGAGAAAACACACAAACAAAUGUAAAGAGAGAGGCAGAGAAUUUUGAGGGAUCGGGGGUGGUUAAUCUAAAUGGCCAACAAAGGUGAUGGUUGAAGUUGGAUCAGUGGACUAUUUUAACUUUAACGAGGCCAAUAAACUACCUGCGCUCUCCGUGAUUCGUCAGAUGAGGCUCCAGUAUUGUAAGCGCGACGAGUUGGAAGGACUGAAGGUCUGAUGACUGUCAAAACCACAGGAAAGAGCUAUAAAGCAAAAAAAAAAUAAAAUAAAAAAA